AUGUCUGCAGCCGCUUUCUACAUUCGCUAUGCUAAGGAAGAUGACAUUGAUACACUACUAGGACUUAUCAAAGAGCUUGCUACAUUCGAAAAAGCAGAAGAGUCUGCAAAGGCUACUCCUGAAUUAUUAAAGCAAACCCUCUUCACAACGCCCUACGCACACGCACUUCUCGCCAUCUCGCCCUCGGGACAAGCAGUCGCGUACGCAACGUACUCAUUCACGUUCUCGACCUGGGCUGGGAAACCAGUUAUACAUCUCGGUGACUUGUACGUGAGAGGAAUACCGAUCAAACGGACUUGGGAAGGCUUUGUUUGGAGAGCUUGCAAGGAUCGCGCAGGAAAAGGUUUGUCGUUGCAUCGCGUGAGUCUUAGACCUGGGAACCCACUAACAUCUGUCACUGCGCAGAAUCGUGCUCGCAUGGACUGGAUAGCAUUGCAAUGGAACACAGUUGCUAUUAAAUUCUACCAAAAAGGAAUUGGCGCACAGGUAUUGAAGGAUAUGAUCUGCUUGAAAGUGGACGAAGAGGGAACUGAGAAGCUGGCUAAGUCUGAGCCGAAACAAUAUGGUGCAUUUUUGGUCUAUAUUUGUGGUUGCAUGAAAUGGUGUAUGGAAUUAGGUGGUUAUUUUGUACGGUCUAGGCAGUGGUUCCUUUGGCAUGGAUCUGGUCCUGCAACAGAGCGCGAACGCGUGCUCCAAGACAUAACGAAGCGUUGCAUCGGUCCGGAGGUUCAAAAGCCUCGGCGCCCACCAAAGAAGUAUAAGACGACUCCCAGGUACCAAAGUGUACUAGACGUCGUCCUCGGAUAUGAAUUCGUCGUGUAUCUCCUGUUGUAG